UCUGUGAUUGUGGCCAGGCGGGGCACCCUUGCAGGGGAAGACUCGGAAGCGGAACGCGACCCCCCAGCCUCGCUCCCUAGGGGCUGUAAUCUGAUCCCAAGGGACUCCCCCGUAGCCUCCCGCCCUUGCCCUCUCUGCCUCGCUGCCUACUCCUCUUCCAGAUCCUGGGGCAGAGUCCAGGGCGGCUCUAGGCGCCUCCACACACUCCUGCUGAACCCUGAGCGCCCUGAGUUGCCGGCAUGGGGCGGGCCGAGGCGGCCGCCAUGAUCCCAGGCCUGGCCCUGCUCUGGGCAGCGGGGUUGGGGGAUGCUGUCCCCAGCCUCCCGCGCCUGCGGCUCUCCUUUCAAGAGCUCCAGGCCUGGCACGGGCUCCGAACCUUCCGGCUGGAACGGACGUGCUGUUACGAAGCUUUGCUGGUGGAUGAGGAGCGAGGACGCUUGUUUGUGGGUGCCGAGAACCACGUGGCCUCCCUCGGCUUAGACAACAUCAGCAAGCGAGCUAAGAAGCUGGCCUGGCCGGCCCCUGUGGAAUGGCGAGAGGAGUGCAACUGGGCAGGCAAGGACAUUGGUACCGAGUGCAUGAACUUUGUGAAACUGCUGCAUGUGUAUAACCACACCCACUUGCUGGCCUGUGGCACCGGAGCCUUCCACCCGACCUGUGCAUUUGUGGAGGUGGGCCACCGGUUGGAGGAGCCCAUACUUCGGCUGGACCCACGGAGGCUUGAGGACGGCAAAGGCAAGAGUCCUUAUGACCCCAGUCAUCGGGCUGCCUCCGUGCUGGUGGGGGAAGAACUGUAUUCAGGAGUAGCAGCAGACCUCAUGGGCCGGGACUUCACGAUCUUUCGCAGUCUGGGCCAGCGUCCAAGUCUCCGAACAGAGCCCCAUGAUUCCCGCUGGCUCAAUGAACCCAAGUUUGUCAAGGUCUUUUGGAUCCCAGAGAGUGAGAACCCGGACGAUGACAAAAUCUACUUCUUCUUCCGUGAAUCUGCCGUGGAGGCAUCACCAGCAACGGGACGCCUGACCGUGUCUCGUGUUGGACAGAUCUGCCGAAAUGACCUGGGUGGCCAACGCAGCUUGGUCAACAAGUGGGCCACGUUCCUGAAGGCACGGCUCGUGUGCUCGGUGCCUGGAGUUGAGGGCGACACUCACUUUGACCAACUUCAGGAUGUCUUCCUGCUGUCCUCACGUGACCGUCGGACCCCGCUUCUUUAUGCUGUCUUCUCCACUUCCAGUGGCAUCUUCCAGGGCUCUGCCGUGUGUGUAUACAACAUGAAUGACGUACGCCGGGCCUUCUUGGGACCCUUUGCCCACAAGGAGGGGCCCACACAUCAGUGGGUGUCCUACCAGGGUCGUGUUCCCUAUCCGCGACCUGGCAUGUGCCCCAGCAAGACGUUUGGCACCUUCAGUUCCACCAAGGACUUCCCUGAUGACGUCAUCCAGUUUGCCCGGAACCAUCCUCUCAUGUAUAACUCGGUCCUGCCCAUGGGGGGUCGCCCUCUCUUCCUACAAGUGGGCGCUGGCUACACCUUCACCCAAAUCGCUGCAGACCGUGUAGCAGCUGCUGAUGGGCACUAUGACGUCCUCUUCAUUGGCACAGAUGUGGGCACAGUGCUGAAGGUCAUCUCUGUCCCCAAGGGUAGCUGGCCUAGCUCUGAGGGGCUGCUUCUGGAGGAGCUGCAGGUGUUUGAGGACUCCACUCCGGUCACAAGCAUGCAGAUCUCCUCCAAGAGGCACCAGCUCUACGUCGCAUCGCGGAGCGCAGUGGCUCAGAUCUCCUUGCAUCGCUGCGCGGCCCUAGGUCGCGCCUGCGCCGAAUGCUGUCUGGCACGUGACCCCUACUGCGCCUGGGAUGGGUCCUCUUGCACGCGCUUCCAGCCUACUGCCAAGAGGCGGUUCCGGCGGCAAGACAUAAGGAACGGUGACCCCAGCACGCUAUGCUCUGGCGACUCAUCUCGUCCCACGCUGCUGGAGCGGAAGGUGUUCGGCGUGGAGGGCGGCAGCGCCUUUCUGGAGUGCGAGCCCCGCUCGCUGCAAGCGCAUGUGGAGUGGACCUUCCAGCGUGCGGGAGAGGUGGCCCACACCCAGGUGCUGGCUGCAGAGAGCGCCGAGCUCACCACGCGGGGGCUGCUGCUGCGCAGCCUGCGGCGCCAGGACUCGGGAGUGUAUCUGUGCGCCGCCGUCGAGCAAGGCUUUUCGCAGCCGCUGCGUCGCCUGGCGCUGCACGUGCUCAGCGCCGCACAGGCCGAACGACUGGCCCGGGCCGAGGAGGCCGCACCUCCGGCGCCGCCAGGCCCCAAACUCUGGUACCGUGACUUUCUGCAGCUGGUGGAGCCAGGCGGCGGCGGAGGCGCGAAUUCCCUGCGCAUGUGUCGCCCGCAGCCCGGGCCACGCCCUGCAGCCUCCGAGUCGCGCAGGAAGGGUCGUAACCGGCGGAUGCACCUCUCUGAGCCACGCGCGGACCGUGGGCCGCGCAGCGCCGCGCACUGGUGACUGUCCCCGCACCGGGGAUCGGAUAGGAGAUGACAUGCGGAAGAGGGGACAGACGGACCCCAGGAAGAUAGAUGGGUGUGUGUCCGGGCACACUGAGGUCCCCGGACCAAUGGAGACGAUAACAGACAGGCCCUGGCCGAAGGGCAGCUGAGACGGCUAAUUUAUUAACAGGAUAACCCUUGAAUGUAGCCCCCCUCCCCCAAAGAGUGGCCCCAGGCUCAAGUGAAGUAUGUAGUCCCAAGGGAGGGGACGGAAAAGCAGGGCUUCUGAGUAACCCUCAGGGCCCCGGGGAGCUGACCUGCAAGUGCCUUCCUCGGAGGAAGGAGUCUUCCUUGGGCAGUGAGCAAGAAAGGUGUGACCAGAGUGGGCCGGUGGAUGCGGGGGCGAGGCAGGCUGAUUGUACUAAAGUCAUGCAAUAAACACAUUAUCAGCUGAA